GUUAUCCGGCUCUAAAAUGCAUUUAUUUAACUAAAAUGCCCAAUUGUUAUACUAUAUCUUUGUAUAUUGCAGGGCAUAGACAUAACACACCGCUUUAAGCGGAAGGUGCACCGCACAGCCCCAAAAAGUGAUGAUAUUUAUUUGAGACUUCUUGUUAAGUUGUACAGGUUCUUGGCAAGACGUACCAAUGCAAAGUUCAACAAAAUCAUCUUGAAGAGGUUGUUCAUGAGCAAGACCAAUAGACCACCACUUUCCAUUGCUAGACUGACUAGAAUGAUGAAAAGGUCUGGUAGAGAAGGAAAGACUGCUGUGUGUGUUGGUACAGUCACAGAUGAUUUGAGACUUCUUGAGGUUCCAAAGCUUAAGAUCUGUGCACUUAAAGUCACAGAACGUGCUCGUGGAAGAAUCCUGAAAGCAGGUGGGGAAAUCAUAACCUUUGACCAGCUGGCACUAAAAUCCCCGAAAGGACAAAACACAGUUCUUAUGCAAGGUCGUAGAAAGGCACGUGAAGCAUUCAGACACUUCGGUAGAGCACCAGGUGUUCCACACAGCAAUACUGCGCCAUUUGUACGUUCCAAGGGACGCAAGUUUGAGAAGGCUAGAGGACGUCGUGGAAGCAGAGGUUACAAAGUUUAAAAUGACAUUUGCUGUACCACACUGGAUAAUAAACAUUCAUUCAGUG